AUGGAAAAGAUCAGUGGGCUGUCUGAAGAUGAACUGCUGGUGAAGAUAUUAUCGUUUCUUCCCACAAAAGUUGCUGUGAGCACAAGCGUUUUGUCGAGACGGUGGGAACAUCUCUGGAAGCGGGUGCCUAAACUUGAUUUCGCUUACACCGAUGCUAAGCCGUCCGAUAAAUGUCAGAAGAGGCUACAUCGUUUCAUCCAAAGGAACUUACCAUUGCAUAGAGCUCCUGUCUUAGAGAGCUUGCGUCUCAAGUUAAGUUUUCCUUCAUUUAUUCCUGAUGAUAUCGAAGCGUGGACUGACGUUGCAGUUUCUCGAGGCGUACGUGAGCUGAGCAUUUCCUAUUCAUCUGCUGAUGGCUAUAUCACCCGAUUGCCAGAUAGCUUGUAUACUUGCGAAUCUCUUGUUUCCUUGAAACUCGAUGAUCGGCUUUACGUGGAUUCUUGUUAG